AUGGCGUUGCACUCUAUUACAAUGACUACCACACAGAAUUCCUAUUUCUCAAGUGAUGGAGCAAUGACCCUCUGGGGCUCCCUAGAGGUGGAAGACAUUCAGACACUGGCAGCCCACAAUGAUUCACGGAAGAUUGAAUUCAAGCAAAGCUGGUCAAAGGGGAGCCUGAGUGACAUAGAAUGGAUGAUUUACGACAUGUUUUUAAAACGUUACUUGGAAUUUUUUGAAAUACACGUGAGAGAAAUCAUUGAAGGCAUUGGGUUGAAAGGUGCCUUCUUAAUCCAGUGCUGGGCAAGAUGUUCCUCAUCUAUGGAUGAUAUCAAUGAUUUCACUUACAGAGUGGCCAUGGAUGGAGAAGACCUGGUGUCCUUAAAUAUCACCGAGGGUGUGUGGGUCGCUGGCAAUGCCCCUCACUCUCAGGAUGUACAGAGGGUCAUGCAGAAGGAUGAAGUCACAACCAUGUCCCUUAAAAACAUACUGAUAAGAAACUGCUAUUCAAUGGCGCUCAUAUAUUCAGUGGUGGGGAAGGAAGCUUAUUCAAGAAAGAUCCAGCCACAGGUCCAGAUUACCAGCAGCUCUAAAUCUGAAACAGAAGUCAUCUGUGUGGUGACCGGCUUCUAUCCAAAGCCAAUCAACAUAAGCUUGUGGAAUGAGAACAAAAUGGAGGAUGUGAUGUCCACUGGGACUCUACCUAAUAUGGAUGGGACUUACCAGAUAACAGUGUUGGCAAAUAUAAAUUCUGCAGAACAGCAAGGUGUCUACUGCCGGGUGGAGCACAGCAGUUUGACAGACCCAAUAAUAGUACAUCUGGUGACACAAAGUCAAGAUGAACUGAACGGUGGCUUCCUUCAACUCCUGGUGCUGAAAGGAGUAGUGGAAACGUUUUGUGCAGCUGGGAAAGGAGAUCUGGGAGCCUUUGGCCUGUAG